CGCGGUAAAUAACCUCCCUGUCAGUUCUCAAUGACUCAGGCGCGCUUCGGGCAGCCUAUAUCUUUUCAUGACGACGCGGGGUCCUUUCGAAAGGUCAACAAACAUGGCGGCGCCCGCGAGCAGGUUACUCCGUUUCCUGGCAGUAAGGAGCGCAAAGUUUUACCCUCAGCUUAGGCCUGAUUUUUAUUCAACGACAGCCCAGGCAUAUCCGUUUGGUAAAAGGAAGCCCCUGCAACCAGUGAAUUCAGUAUAUAAUCCAGUGAGAUGUAUGUUCAUUCAGACUCAGGACACGCCAAACCCCAACAGUGUCAAGUUCAUUCCAGGAAGAGCUGUUCUGGAUGCAAGAACCAUGGACUUCCCAAAUCCUGCUUCUGCCUUUUGCUCCCCAUUGGCUAGGCACCUUUUCAGGAUUGAGGGAGUAAAGAGUGUUUUCUUUGGACCAGAUUUCAUCACUAUCACCAAAAAUGGUGAAGACAUGGACUGGAAUUUAAUAAAACCUGAUAUUUUUGCCACCAUUAUGGAUUUUUUCUCUACUGGCCUACCGGUAGUGACCGAUGAGGCACCUCGUGGUGAUCCAGCUGCCUCAGAAGAGGAAGAUGAAGUGGUGGCCAUGAUCAAAGAACUGCUGGACACCAGGAUCAGGCCUACAGUGCAAGAAGAUGGUGGAGAUGUCCUGUACAAAGGCUUCCAGGAUGGCAUUGUCCAGCUGAAGCUGCAGGGGUCCUGUACCAGUUGCCCUAGCUCCAUCAUUACACUAAAGAGCGGCAUUCAGAACAUGCUGCAGUUCUACAUCCCAGAGGUUGAAGGAGUAGAGCAGGUGACGGAUGAAGAUGAGGAAGAUGCUGGAAAAGAAACUGCCUGAGACUUCCUGAUCAUAAAUAGUAACUUGCUGUCUAUAUCCGGCAUCUGCUUGAUAGAAAACCACAGCCAUUUCUAAUCCCGGCGGCACUGUGAACUGGCAACCAGUUGAGUGGUUUAGGUAGCCUUCGCCAGUCUCAAAUGGGAAAAAAAGAAUUUGUUUGUUUUUUUUUGCGGACGGGGGAUCUAGAAGAUAAAUAUUACAAUCGUUUAUUUUAAUAUUCAAUCUCAUGAUUAAUUAUUGUAUUUAUCUGCCUGUUGGAAUAAAAGGCUCAUAUAUGUGCAAA